GGCUGGGCUCCACUGUCAGUACUGUUUCUCGUUGUCUGCUCUAGGUAAGAGUAAGUCACUAACUCCGCCCACACCCUCAGCGUGUCCCACACGGGGUUGCCCCCUUCUGCUCGCGACCCGCUCAAGAUGGCUACAGGAGCACUUCCGGUAUCUCCCCCAAGUAGGCCCGCCUCCACUGCGUAUUAUUACCGCGCCGAGGGCAGGACUUAGAGUUAGUUUUUAAUUGGUCAACUUGACUGGAGACCUUUCCCAUCCGCGACAGUUUCCCGAGGAGCCAAGUGCUUGAGCGCCACGGACGAGAGUUAGAGCUUAGGCAAGAUGGCGGACGUACUGGAUCUUCAUGAGGCCGGGGGCGAGGAUUUCGCCAUGGAUGAGGAUGGGGACGAGAGCAUCCACAAACUGAAAGAAAAAGCGAAGAAACGGAAGGGCCGUGGCUUUGGCUCCGAGGGGUCUCGAGCGCGGAUGCGUGAGGAUUAUGACAGCGUGGAGCAGGAUGGCGAUGAACCCGGACCACAGCGCUCUGUUGAAGGAUGGAUUCUCUUUGUUACUGGAGUCCAUGAGGAAGCCACGGAAGAAGACAUCCAUGAUAAAUUUGCAGAGUAUGGAGAAAUAAAAAACAUCCACCUCAACCUGGACAGACGUACAGGAUAUCUAAAGGGGUAUACUCUAGUUGAGUAUGAAACAUACAAGGAGGCCCAAGCUGCUAUGGAAGGACUCAAUGGCCAGGAUUUGAUGGGACAGCCGAUCAGCGUAGACUGGUGUUUUGUUCGGGGUCCACCCAAGGGCAAGAGGAGAGGUGGCCGCAGACGCAGCAGGAGUCCAGACCGGAGGCGUCGCUGACCCAUCCUCUGUUGUCCAGGUGUCCUCUCCAGAGAUUCCGUUUGACUAUGCAGCCUUGGAGAAAUAGGGCUGGGGUGUAACUCACUGCAUCUAUACUUAAUCUCUUACCCUACCUGCUUAGUGUUUCUUUUGAGUUAUGAAUAAAUGUCCAAUUUUUGUUUUCUAAAAUUACUUUCCUGUUCUAACAUUGCAAGCUCUGAAGCACUAUUUACAGUAAGACACUCUGGGUCACUGUGAAGAUACUUCUUCCAGGGACUGAAUUCUGUGUGAGUUUCUACAUUAAAUAUAGUCUCAAGUCUCACCUAGGGUCAAAGUAGAAACACUGCUCAGUAUUUCUUUCUUUCUUUUGGAAGCUAAGGGAGCCAGGGGUACAAGUGAGAUGUUCUCAUGAUACUAGAGAAUAAUUAUUCUGUUCUUAAAUAUGCUCUCCUGAGCAAAUGGAUGUCAUAGGAAUGUCUCUUUUGUUUCUCCUGCCUUUCUUGCUGCCACCUUUGUUUGUACUUUCAUCUGUCUAAGGGUCUGAAUCUCCUGUUGGGGCGUUCUCCCAGAACCUCCUUCCCUGGAGGAGUCUAUACUAAGUUCUUGGUGCCCUCUUCGGCAGCCAAGGGUGAAGGCCCCAUAGAGGAGAGGAUCCAGAGGAGCACUGAGGAGGCCAAAGAGGAAAAGGAUGUGGCUGAGGCUGGGAGGCAUUUCAGUUAGCAUGGUGGGAUAGAACCAGUACCAAAGACCCAGCAGGUUAUAAGAUGUCUAGCAGAGGACGAAGGUCUGCAAGACAAGCAGGGCCAGUCGCAGACCCUGAAGAUGAACAUGGGGGCGAUUGUCUAAGGAGCGGCAGAGGGCAAAUUCACCGGCAGGGGCUGGGAACUUAGAAAAUACACUCAAAUUCAGAACCACUCAGCUUCUGAGUUGAUGGAUGGGCAGAAAUAGUGAGAUGGAGCUCUCCCCUUAUAAGGAAGAGAAUGGUACAAGCCCUCUUCCCCUUCCCAACCUGGGACUAUACGCUCCCCUCCCACCAGAGAUUAUGACAGACGUGCUGCAAAAAAGGUUUCGAUUGAGGUGCUGUUGUGUUACAUGAAGCUACAAAGUCUAUUUGAAGUCUUGUUGGUGUCCAAGAGCAAAGGAAUACUGAUCACCCUUCUCCUUAAUUCUUGCCCAGCUAACUCCACUUCAUAGAAUGAUGGCUAGUGGCUGGUUAGAAUUGAAGGCAUUCAAUAAAGUUAUGUGCAGCAUCAGCUGCUAGAGAUAUGGUUAGCAACUCACUUUUGGUUUGAUAGAUAGCUAUCAAAUUUAUGAGGCUAGAGGCAAUAGUUUUAGGGUAUGGGUUAGGGCCUGGGGGUUGGGGUCUCACCAUGGUUCCCCUUCCUUGUCUGGGGACUGGACACACUGAGGACAGUGCGGCUAUAGCAGACGGUCAUGGCAGUCAGUGGCAGCAGGAAGAGGCAGCAGAAGGUGAAGAGGUGGUCUCUUGCCAUCAAGCCUUGAAGCUGCUUUUGGUGACACUGAGUGAAGGGGACUGGACCAGCUCAGCGGACGGUGUGGAACAGGAACAGCUGGAGUGGAGUCAAGGACUAUUAGAACUGGUCUCCCUUUCCCCUCCCAUGCCAACCUACCCACCAGUUCAACAGUAUCUCUUCCCAAUUCUUUUUUUUUUUUUUUUUUUUUCGGUACGCGGGCCUCUCACUGCUGUGGCCUCUCCCGUUGCGGAGCACAGGCUCCGGACGCACAGGCCCAGCGGCCAUGGCUCACGGGCCCAGCCGCUCUGCGGCAUGUGGGAUCCUCCCGGACCGGGGCACGAACCUGUGUCCCCUGCAUCGGCAGGUGGACUCUCAACCACUGCGCCACCAGGGAAGCCUUUUUUUUUUUUUUUUUAAUGAGAUUGUUGAGAAAACUUGGGGGCUAAUACAGUGCAUAAUUCCAAUUUGUUCUUAAUUUCCUGCAGUGCUGAGUAUGGUGCCAUAUUUAAAAGGUUAGGAAUGUAUCUUGAAAAUCCCUGUCUUCCUCUUAGGCUGUUUGUUAAAUCUGGGACUUAAAGAACCCUGUCUUCUCAAGUACUGUUCUAACAUUGCAUUUUAUCAAAGGAUAUCUCUACCACCUCACCAACAUUUUUUUUUUUUCCUCACCAACA